UAUUAGUUGAGCGAACAGGCGAAGUAAAGUCGCACCUAAGGCAAGCAAGUGAAGCGAUCGUUUUAGAAGUUCGAGCGUUAGGAGAUCCACCCUUCAGAAUUAAAUUAAAAGGAAAUCUCCUUGCGUCUCGCAGUUUUGUCACCCUGGCAUGUGUCCUUACCAACUUCUGAAGGAAUAAAACAGUUCAGUGCCGAUUUAGUAGGCAAAUAAAGAAACAGAUAAUCGAGUGUUCAUAUAUUUGGCAAGCACGAUGCCCGAGGGAGAUUCGAGCGAAGCGUCGAUUGUAGACAACAGUUCAAGCGAAACCGCGUUGAGAAACAAGCGCAAACAAGUUCGAGGGAAGAUUACUCGCAGUAUUAAGCGUCUAAGUGAAGGAGUUUCGAAUGGAGAUCGAAAUUUACGACGUUUUGAGAAGGAAAUCGAACAGUUACGGAAGGACUUUGAUAUUGCACGCGAGUUACACAGCCAGUUCUACGAUUUACCAGACGUGGAUGAUGCCGCAUUAGAUAAGUGGGAAGACGACUUAACGAGUGACGUGUAUGGAAUCGAAGAGAGAGUCGAAGAAUAUAUACGAGGUAUAUCGAAAUUAAAUGGCGAAGCAUCUGGAGAAAACAAUACAGAGAACACACCUUCCCCGCAGAACGCGUCAAUAAACCAACUUCCGGAAGAUCGUCAAACGUCAACACAAGUGUCAACACCGGAAGCUAGUACCUUUUCAUUACAACAAGAAGAAUUCGUAGCUCCAUCACCUACGAGCAACACAAACAGCAGCAACACAGAAGCAACAUCUCAACCAAUUACCUUUGAUUCCUGGAUAGAUGAGCUAAAGGAAUUCGAAGAAACCAAAGUAACGUUGACGGAUGACGGAAGCCAAAUGUCAAUCGCAGAUGCGCUUUUGAAGUUGGAAGCAAGCCGAGACAUACCGAAUGUUACUUUGACCAAAUUCUCUGGGAAUCCAUUGGAUUACGCGGAUUUCAUCGACCGUUUUAAGAUACAUAUCCAUGACAAACCCCACCUCACCGAUGAUAUGAGAAUGAUUCAACUAAAGAUGCACGUCAGUGGCGAUGCGGAAAGAGCAAUUUCCGGUUUGAGUUCGAAAGGAGUGAUGUAUGCGACUGCACUGAAGAUGAUCAAAGAACAGUUUGGACAAUGCGACUGCACUGAAGAUGAUCAAAGAACAGUUUGGACAACCAAGCGUGAUUGCUCGCGCGUUAGUAAACAACCUGACCAAAGGAGAGAAAAUCGGUAG